AUGGCUUCUGCUGAUCCAAGCCCAGCUCUUCGGGCACCAUUGCAACCCGAUGCGGGAAAGCCAAAAGGCAUUCUCAAGCACCCGACUCGCAGUUCGCCACCACCAUUGCCAACCACCGCAACACCGGAUGAUGGCGGACAGCAGCGGACCGAAAAGGAAGAGACCAUCCAUAACACUCACCUCAAUGCUGGACUGCGCCGGUUGUCGUCUUCGGCCACACGGCCCAGUGGAUCCCGGCGCAUAUCAAGCCGGACUCCUUCUAUAUACGACGACGACGACGAUUCUUCUCCCCGGCUAAAGUGGGAUGAAGUAAACUUGUACCUUACGGAGCAGGAGCGCACCGCAACGAUGAAGAUUGACGAACCAAAAACACCAUAUGUCAAACACUAUGAUCCGUCCGAAGAUCCGUCCGAUGACGAAGUCGUUGAAAGCGUUGAGGACGAUAUCCCAGGGCUGUCACUUGGCGAGCCUGAAGAAGCCGUGCCUGAAGAUGUGGAGAAACGGCCAAGCAAAGUUCAUGUCGAUGACGCUGGAAGUGUGCACGGCGAUGAUGAUAUGAUUGGCAUGAGUGCUGAGGAGCGAGAGAAGCAUCUUCGCUUUGAGCAGAUGCGCAAGAGACAUUAUGAGAUGAGAAAUGUUGCGAAGUUUCUAGGCCACCCAGAGGAGUUGGAUGAGCUUGCAGACGACGAAGACAAAGGCAGUGAUGCAUCCAGCCCUACCGAACCCCCCCCUGUUCCUCGUCUGCCCAAGACAGACAGUUCUUGA